AUGCAGAAUGGCGACAGAUCUGUUGCGAAUCUUAAUGCUUCAAGUGGACUUUUCUCUGACGGAAAAGUUGAAAAUGAUUUGCAAAAACAAAAAUUGGAUUCUGAAAGAAAGCGCAAGAGACCACCAAAUAUUGUAUUUAUGCUCGGCGACGACCAUGGUCAAGGUGAUUUGCCAUGGACAAAUGACUACUUGAGUGAUAAACUUCCCAAUCUGAUGAAAAUGCGACGGAGAAGUACACUUGUAGAAAAUCAUUACACUGCUGCUAAAUGCUCCCCGUCACGAGGUCAAAUAAUGACAGGAAGGAACCACGAGAAGACAGGAUUCAAUUAUAUCGCCGAACACUGUUUGGAUAAGUUUCUUCCGCCAAAUAUGCCCUUCAUGUCUGAGUAUUUCAAGCAGAUCGGGUAUAAGACUCAUCAUGUCGGCAAAUGGCAUCUCGGCUUUGGACAUUGGACGCAGACUCCAACUGCCAAAGGCUUCGACACUUCUUACCAUACUCUUGGAGGCUAUGCAGACUAUUGGAAUUUUCAGUCUACCUCGCCACCUAAUUGCAAAAAUGCACAGGGCUUGUUUGCUGGUUACGACAUGUACAACGCGACCACUGCUGAUGGUCGAAGUCAUGUUUAUAAUCGAGCCGACGUUAAGAACACUGACGAGUACUUGACUUAUCAUAUGACAGACGUUGCAAAGGAUAUCAUCUUGAAUUCAAAUGAACCUUUUCUCCUUUACAAUGCGUUCCAUGCUCCUCAUUUUCCUCUCCACGCUCCGAAAGAACUUCGAGUUCAGUUCCUUGAUGAUCUUGCUCCUGAGUCUGCUAUACCUAGAUCGUUGACAAACCGAGGAGAAACCAGGGAUUCAAUAAUUGUGAAGCUAGAUAGUGUUGCGCAUCUAGGACCGUUUGUGUCUACGAGAGAACAUAUUCUCGGCGAUUCUCUACGAAAUUACGGAAAUUUCAAAUUCAACGUUGACGAUGCAGAAGAGCGAGAUUAUGUACUCCGUGUCGCUCGAGCAAUGUAUUUCUCAAAUGUUAAAGCUCUCGACAUUGCGAUCGGUGAAAUAUUCGAAGCUCUUGAAAAUGCAGGAAAACUCGACAAUACGAUCGUUAUCUACGCUGGUGAUAAUGGAGCAGCAGUAGAGAAUUUUCAGAGCUCUGGUGAUCUGCGGGGAUAUAAAGGAGGCGCCUUUGAAGGUGGUGUCAGGACAUUUGCCCUAAUAUCUGGACCUGGAAUUAACCCGGGUGCAACGUAUAAAGGCAUUUUCCAAAGUACAGAUUGGCUCCCGACUCUUUUAGCGGCUACUGAUCAGUACAAACUUCCGCUUGAGGCACUUGAUGGAGUCAAUCAAUUUGAAGCAAUCACUUCUCUUGAACAGCCUGGGCCAAGGCAGGAAGCACAUUUAUUCUACUCCCGAACAGACAAACGAAAACUGAAAAACCGAACACAAGUGGGUCCGCUCUUCGCGAUGCGCUGGAAAAACUUCAAGAUAAUUGGUGGCAUGCCGAAGAUGGAGUUAUCGAAAGGGAAACAAAUGGAUAACGAGCAGCCAUUUAUGUGGUAUUCUUUUCCAGAGAAGUCAAUUCUACAAGACCAGAUUGAGCUUGGUUCAAAUAAUGACUGGAAGUCAGCCGAUCCUUGGAACGAAAAUCAACAAUGGUGGCUCUUCAACUUGGAAAACGACCCAAAUGAACGCAAAAACCUCUUGCGAACAUGUAAAUCUUCAUGCUACGAAGACUACGCAGUUUUCCAUCAACUGAGGAAAAAGAUUCAAGCUCAUAAAUCAACGAUGAGGGAUCUUGCACCGAAGCCGGUUCCAGAAGGUGCUCCUAAAUGCUCCCCACUUGGAAGCCGGAAUUGGAAGGAUUGCUGGUGGGUUCCGGGUUAUCUUGAUAUCACUGAAUAG